GCCCGCGGCGCACCUGCCCCCGCCCUGCGCGGCUUCCCCGGGACGUGGUGUGUCCGGGGGCUGCAGCGCUGGAGCGAGCCCCGGGGCCCGGAGCCGACGGGCCGGGAGCCGCAGGCAUGGGCCCGGAGCUGCCUGCACCUUGGCUGCUGCUCAUCGCCGGGCUCCCAGCAGGGUGCCUGUCCUUGCUGGUGACAGUCCAGCACACGGAGCGCUACGUCACCCUGUUUGCCUCCAUCGUCCUCAAAUGUGACUACACCACCUCUGCCCAGCUCCAGGAUGUCGUGGUGACCUGGCGCUUCAAGUCCUUCUGCAAGGACCCCAUCUUUGACUACUACUCCGCGUCAUACCAGGCAGCCUUAUCCCUGGGCCAGGACCCAUCCAAUGACUGCAAUGACAGCCAGCGGGAGGUUCGCAUCGUGGCUCAGAGGCGGGGGCAGAAUGAGCCUGUGCUGGGGGUGGAUUACCGGCAGCGCAAGAUCACCAUCCAGAACCGAGCAGAUCUGGUGAUUAAUGAAGUGAUGUGGUGGGACCAUGGAGUGUAUUAUUGCACCAUUGAGGCUCCAGGGGACACAUCAGGAGACCCAGAUAAGGAGGUGAAGCUUAUUGUCCUGCACUGGCUGACAGUGAUCUUCAUCAUUCUGGGGGCCCUCCUCCUGCUUCUGCUGAUUGGAGUGUGCUGGUGCCAGUGCUGUCCUCAGUAUUGCUGCUGCUACAUCCGCUGCCCCUGCUGUCCUGCCCGCUGCUGCUGCCCCGAGGAAGCCCUGGCCCGUCACCGCUACAUGAAGCAGGCUCAGGCCCUAGGCCCUCAGAUGAUGGAAAAACCUCUAUACUGGGGGGCGGACAGGAGCUCCCAGGUUUCAUCUUAUCCAAUGAACCCGCUGCUGCAGCGAGAUUUGUCCCUGCGAUCCAGCCUCCCACAGAUGCCAAUGACCCAGACCGCCGCUCACCCUCCGGUCACCAAUGGUGUCUUAGAGUAUUUGGAGAAAGAGCUGCGGAACCUCAACCCAGCGCAGCCUCUGCCCCCUGACCUCAAAGCCAUUUCUGGCCAAGCCUGCAGCAUGCUGUCCUCCCUGGGCUCUGAGGUUGUGGAGCGCAGAAUCAUCCACCUGCCCCCCCUGAUUAGAGACCUGCCACCGUCCCGGAGGACCAGCAACUCCUCCCGCCAGCAGUGGCCUGCCCCCGGCGCCCCUGGACCCUGGGGUCUGAGCUCUGAUGUCCACCGCGAGCUCCAGGGCCGGGAGCCCAAGCGGCUUCGGAGGGGAAGGCACCCCUGCUCCAGGCCACACGGGUCACACGCGCCCUGGUCGGACAGGGACAGCCUCGGCGACGGCCCCUCGUCCUGGGAGGCCCUGGGCCGCGGCCCCCGGGGGGAUGCCCAGCGGCCCCGGAGGCGCAGGCACCGCAGCUACUCCCCCCCCUCGCCUUCGGGCCUCAGUUCCUGGAGCUCGGAGGAGGAGGGGGAGGAAGGGGACAGGCGGCCCCGGGGCCGGGGCCGGGGGACCCCCCACAGCGCACAGGCCACCACCUGGGCCACCUGGGCCGAGGAGAAGCCGCCCAGCUACCGCUCCCUGGAUGUCCUGCCGGGCAGGAAGGGCAGGAGAGGAGGGAGCGUGGAGAGGCGCUCGGUGAGCCUGGGGCAGCCCGCGGGGGGCAGGGAGCUGCCCCGGGUCACCCCCCAACCCCGCCCUGAGGGCCCCUCCUCCUCGAGCCUGCCUUCUGGGCUUGGGGAGGCUGCCUGGGGAGCUAGGAGGGGCCCAGGGGCUGCAGGGGGCCGCGGAGGGCUCAGUGCUUGAGGCUUGAAACAGCCCUCGUCCUGCUCAAACCAGCCCUCCUCACACAGUCUCGUGAGGCAGGGUUCCCCCACUUCACAGAUGAAGAAACGAGGCUCAGAAUAAUGCAGCAUCUGUGAGUAGUGGAGCUAAGACUUAAAACGCAGGCUUUGUGGCUAAGGCUUUACUUCCUGUCAUAGCUGCCUGACUUUACUUAGCAGCCCCAUUUCCAUACCCCAAAGUAGAACAUACAGCCUGACAGAGGAAGUUUGUGCCGCUCCUCGGGCCUACAGGUCAGUGUGCGAGGCCUUGUCUUCGAGGAUGAGGUCCUAUGAGACCCCCUGGAAAGAAUCCUUAAAGUGAUUUAAACACACACACACACACACACACACACACACACACACACAGCAACCAAACAGCCAAACAUCUCAUAUCCCAAAUAUGGGUCAAAACUUUAGGGUUCUGAAGCAGGUAAGGCUCCAGUGGGUGCCAGUCAUAGCUUUGUCAUAGCUUUGUGCCUUAAAGAGGCACAAAGAGGGAUCAUAGGCCUUUUAGGCUUUAAUUUUUUUUUUAAGAUGUGACUUUAAAAACCAUUCUAUAAUUGCUACACCCAAAUGAUGGUAUUCCCUCAGUAUCACUUUGCAAAGUGAUGCUGCCGUUGCUCAAAAAUAUUCAUGAACUGCCUUCAGAGCCAACAUAAAUGAAAAUCUGUUUCUCUAUUUGACCAAAACCCUUUUCUGUUUUGCUUCUGUUGACAUAAAGGGAUAUGUAGGAGGCUCUGAGGGAAGUUCCCAGAGUAGAGGAUGUUACAGGAAGAAUUUUAGUGUCUCAUACAUUUUCAAGGAUACGCCUCUCAUUUGGAAAUUCAAGUUCCGUGAUUUGUCUAAAAACCAAUCACAUGCAUGGAGUGUGCAAAGAAACAGGCACCUUGUGGGAGUUAUAGUACUAGUCUUUCUAGAAAAGAGUCUUGGUGAGACAGUAAUUCAUGAGGAAGGUAGCAAAGGCCUGCAGGCAGCUCUAAAAUAAUGGCAAUUAUAUGAUAGUCUCACAGAUGUCCCAGGAGAGAGGCAAAGACCAGUAACAAUGAAACUUAGUCGCAUCCUUACUAAGUGGUACCUAGCUAUGGACAUUUAUGCCAUAUCCCAUUUAACCCUUAGAACACCCAGUGAGGUUUGUACUGUUAUCUUCAGUUUACAGUAGAUACAACUCUUUCUUCCAUGUUACCAGUGGGAAAAUUUCCUCCUGAAAGAAAACUCGGAACCAGUUAAAGCCUGGACAACUGCUGCUAAUUUAGUCAUAUAGUGACUAAACUGUCUCUUAUCUUCAUUUUAACAGAAAAAAAAAAUGUAAUUUGAAAGGCAGUUUUUGGCCUGAAAUCCACACCCUGUUUUCUUUGAAGUUUUUCUUCAUUUUCUUCUAUUUGUUAUGUGGUUUCUUAUAAGUGAGAGAGGGGUAAAAGGAGCACCAGUUAUGUUCCAUGCACUGGGGUAAGACUUUUCCAAACCUUAUUUCAUUUCAUCUUUGCAACAACAUGUGAGGCUGAGUGAGAUGGGUAUCAUGCCCUAAGUCACAGGGCCAAUAGGCAGUGAAGCCAGAAUUUGAGCAUAGAUAGGUCUCUGAGUCUCAAGCCUUACCCUAUCAGUACCCUUCAUGCUGCCUCACUUGAAAGAAACAAGAAUCAUUUGGGGCAGUGACGUUUUCCUUCUAUAUUUCUUCCUGGUAACUUUAUUUCUUCCUCAUUUUCUGAAAGCAUCACGGCCUCCUUUAUCAUCAAGACGUACACAAGCAAACCAAAUUUUCUAUUGUAAAGUUGCUCAUGAGAUACAAAGAUUUCACUUAAGAUCUUUUGAAAGCCUUCAUUGUUUUGAAUUUCUCUGAGCUUAUCUCCUAAAGAGUUAUCACUUUAUCACAUUCAACUGUCUGCAGCCCGGGCCAUAGCUGGCUUAAGAAGAUUGGUUGGUUGGAAGGGCAGAGUGUUUUGUUUAUAGUUUGAAUUUUGAAUGCCUUCAUUGAAGCAAAAGUCUCCAGGGCCAAAGUCUCGCUCACUCUUUGCUGCUUUCUCCAGUGGGGCUGGGCUGGAUGCUUUCCACACACUUUCCUAACUAACCUCUGAAGUCUUCGGAGCUUGCAGCUAACUUCAGAACUUUUAAUACAAUCAGGCCACUAGAUGGCAAUCUUUGAUUGUGUAUAACCAAGUUCCUGUUUGCUCCUGGAGCUAAUACAUGUAUCGCUAUUUUCUUCAAUCAAGCUUUCAGUAGUUAUAGCUUUAUAUCAUAAUUUUUUACAAAAUACUUAUUUAAAAUACUUCAUUAAAUACUCAGAGUAGUAUGCAUUAAUCAAAAAAUCUUUUGGCUAACAUGGAACCUUCUCUCUGAAGAAUAAUGUUUAACAAGUAGAUACCAAGGAACAAGGGCUUCCAUCCCAUAUAGGUAAGAACUAUUCUGAGACAAUGAGAGUUAUGUUGAGGAAUCUCCCAUCUGACUACAGAAUCAGGAUUCCAGGAGCUCUGACUAUAGGCCUGGGUAUUUUUUCAUUCUAUCAAAGGCUACAACCUCAGCAAUACAAGAAACUGUAAUGUCAAGUUUUAAACUCCUGUGGUUUCAGACUGUGCUGUUCCUGUGUUCCUGGCCUCCUUCAGAUUAUCUUUCUUUCCAGUCCUGCCCUAUGAGAAAGGGCUUCCCAAGGCAUUUCUGGUUUGUUGCGAACUUGAUCUAUAUACACCUGUUCUAAUACAAGAGAAAACUACUGCAUUCCUUCCUCUCCAAGUUAAACUCAGAUUUUAUGUAGAGAACCCAAGAUUUUUUUUCAUUUUUCUUGAUUUGAUUUAAUAAAAAUGUUUUUCUUACUCAGAAUACUUAUUCUAUUUUAACAAAAUGCCUAUUCCUUGAUCAUGUCUAGGUUUUUCCUCAGCAGGCCCUCUCCAAGUUCCCUUUUUGCCCUUUCAUUGCUUUCAUUUUAUCAGAGAACAUUAAUCCCAUAGCAUUUUGAUUAGAAGCCAUGCCCCCUAAAACUCACUUUCCUGAUAAAACAGAAACACUUUUGUAUAUUUACCUACAUUCAUGUUAAGUGUAAUAAUAGUAACAUGAAUGUAUACGUAUACGAUGCAUAUACGAUGCAUUUUGAACAGUAUGUUUUGGGACAUAUAUCUUAUUUUGCCAUUUCAAAUAGGAUGAAAAGUCACAUUCAUGGACUGCAAUUAUAGAUAUUCAAAACUUAUGUAGAAAUGAUCCUCCAAAAUACAUAAAGAAAAUAUGAGAAAUGUAGACAUAGUCCUUGUCCCGAUAGAGCAAGUUGAAAAAGCUAAAAGAUCAAGUGGAUUAACUUCUGAAGAAGAGCCACUGAGUUUGGCCAGGAAGAGAUAAAUAAUGAUCUCUGAAAAAUAACUUGAGAAAAAUACUAAGGUAUGAAGCUCAACUUUUAGAAAAGGGCUGAGAAGGAAUGGUUCAGGAGACUAUGAAUAGGAAAAGAGGACCUGGGCUAUGUCUUCAUUAACAAAUGGUAGGGAGAUGAGCUGAUGAAUGGACAGGGUACUUUUUUUUAGUGUAAAGGAAGUUUGAAGGUGUUAAAUCAGCAAGAGGCAAAGUGAAUGAGACUGUAAGAAAAAAAAUUAAAGAUGUUUGAGGGAGGCUCCAGGAAGGUGUGAAAGAAGAGAAAACCUAAGCCUCGGGAAGAGACUGGCUUCAUGAGGAAUUAAGUAUUUUUUUAGAUUCAGUUAUGCUGUCCCAGCGUCUACCACUCACCUAGGAUUUGCACCUAGGAUUUGUACUUGGUAUAUUGUAUGCAUGGACGGUAGAUCCUAGCUGACUGGAUUCUCUUGUGUUCUAUUCCCCAGGAGAGAGACAGCUCCCAUAGUGGAAGGAGUGUGGUCAUUUAGUCACCGGGCACAGCACUACUUUGGCUACUUCUCAGCUCCCGCAUAUCAUCAUCACCUAGAUUUCCAGCUGACUUGAGAGGGACACUGCAACUUCUUAUUGAACAGCUUUGGCUUAGAUUCAGAGGACAAAAUAGAAGAAUAUUAAAAAACAAGAGUUUGAGGAAUGAAUGACUAUAGUGUUAGCCUUGGUUCACACUCUGCACAUUUAGGGUAUCUGACUUCUAAUGGACCCUAACUGGCAUGUGAUCCCUCAGGAACUCAGUAGCCCAAGUCUUCAACUAGGUUACACAGGUCAACCAUGUCCAUUUUCAAAGUGAGAACUCAGGAAUCUUUAAGGAGAAACCAAACAUGUUUCAGGUGCCCGAAAUUUAUUGGAUACUCCAUGGAAAUUUCCAUGGGAACUUGUCUCUAUCUCUAUAGCAUACCUCCAUGUUAGGAGUACACCUUGCUGCAUUCAUGCCCAGUUCUGAGUGCUCCUGAGGAUCAAGUCAGGGAUGGCAUAGGAAAUACUCCAGCAAUGUGCUCCCUCAUGGGUUAUUUAUGCAAGUGUAGAAAAUCACUAAGAAGCACUUUUGCACCAAACUUAUCCCUAUCCCUUGUUUUCUUCUCACUUUUUUUUUUUGGUCUACAUCUAAUUUAUAUAUUCAUAUAUAUUAUGUAUCCAUUCAAAUCAUUUUAAAUGCUUCUUGGGAAAAUUCAGUAUAUAAAUAAAUUAGAAAGAAAAUGUACUGGCCUAAGGGUUCUGCCCCAAAUAAAAAUUUACU